UAUUGUUAAAUUUGUAGAAAUAUAAGCAAACAAAGGAGUUUUAGAUUUUAUAACAGAAACACUCCCAUAAAAUCUCUAUGAUUGUUAUUUCACUUUGGUUCCGAUGUCGAAAUAACAGUGAAAGUCUUAUAAAAUAAUAAUAAUCUAUCAAAAAUGAAUAAACUAAAAUCGUCACAGAGAGACAAAGUAAAAAAGUUUGUGGCAUUCACGCAGACAAGUGAGACCACUGCGAUAUACUGUUUGUCGCAAAACGACUGGAAACUCGAUAUCGCGAGUGACAAUUACUUUCAGAAUCCCGAAGCGUACUACAAGGACCCAGUGAAGUCUUCAGUGGAUAGAAAAAAGUUAGAACAGUUAUUUGCCAAGUAUAGAGACCAGCAGGAGACCGACAAAAUCACAGUAGAUGGAGUUAUGAAGUUCCUGGAGGAUCUGAACCUUAGCCCAGAAUCAAUAUUAGUUUUAAUCAUAGCAUGGAAGUGUAAAGCGGCCGUGCAGUGUGAAUUUACUAAAGAUGAAUUCACCACGGGCCUCCUAGAACUGGGAGCGGACAGUGUUGACAAAUUAAAAGCAAAAUUGCCUACUCUCGAAACAGAAAUUAAGGAUGCAAACAAAUUUAAAGAUUUUUAUCAGUUCACAUUCAAUUAUGCAAAAAAUCCUGGACAAAAAGGCCUGGAUCUUGAUAUGGCUAUAGCAUAUUGGAAUAUAGUACUCAGAGGAAGAUUUAAAUUUUUAGAUGCAUGGUGCAAAUUUCUCACGGAUAACCACAAAAGAUCUAUACCAAAAGAUACAUGGAAUUUGCUAUUAGAUUUUGCUACACAAAUCGACGAUGGUAUGAGCAACUACGAUGCGGAAGGUGCAUGGCCUGUGCUCAUAGAUGACUUCGUUGAGUGGUGUCAGAAACAGGGGCUCACCGCAGAUGGCGUCAAAGCCCUAGAGCCUGCGUCGGGCUAGCUGACGCCCAAUGGUUACCAGCAGUGCGACGCGAGGGUUCACACACACGUGGAUAUGGAAUGCAGCCAACGCAGCGUCGCGUUUACCUUGAGGACUUACAUUCUACUGCUACUCUCGCGUCUUGUACUGUACAGUCUAGAGCUGUGUACAGUUGAGUGGUUUGCUAUAUUAAUCGUGUUCGAGUUGUGUAGCUGACUAAAUUAUGCGUCAACAUGUGAUCCAGAGAUGCAGUAAAAUACCAUUGUAUGUGCAAGUUUAGAAAAUUUAGAGAUUUGCAUUAACCAUAUGAUACAUACAUGACAAUUGUGUAUGAAUGAGUACAAGAAAAGCAAACAUAGUCGCCAGUCAGUUAAAUUAUAUGUAUGAGUACAGAAUACACAUCUGUGGCAGUCAGUUACAGCGUCCUACUAAUGAAUACAAAGUGGCAAUAUUGCGCUCCACUGUAUAGUGCUCUUGAACUAUUCGUCCGUUAGGUAAAUUCUUUGUGUAGAUUCUUGUUGAUCCAACCUUCACUAGGAUAUAAAUUUAACACAAGGAAAAAUAUUUUUUUCUUGUUAAAAGAUAUAUAAGAAAUAUUUUUAACAUUCUUUCAAAUUUUUCAACAAGGUUCUUACGUUAUAGGUUAGAGGAUCGUAAGAAUAAUAAAAUUAAGAUGUAAAUAUGUAUAUACACUAAUGAUAUUACUUAUUUAGUAUUAAUGCUUAGUUUGUUUACACUUUUGUUUCAUUGGGCCUGCUUUUGAUUUUUUCAUAUUGAAUAUUUAUCAUUUUAAUACAUUGAAAUCAAUGGUCAAAACUAAAACUGUACCUAUGUAUUUUUUCUUUUUAACAUUACAUUCAACAAUUAAAUGUGCAACUUCUGUGUGCAUCUUAUUUUUGCAGAGCUAAAAUUUUUAAAGCUGACAACCCUGUUAAAUGUCGAUAAUAAAUAGAGUCUUACAUUUACCACAAUGGCAACACUCGACAAUUUCUUUUAACUAAAAUUAUUUAAAUUGCAUCUUCACUUAUUUGGAAAAUUCAAAACAAAUAUUUAAAAAAAGAGAGGAAACAGAAAAUUUUCAAUAUUGUACAUACUCAGUGCGCUCAAGCUUCAAAACCUGUGUUAAAUCCUACUACAUAUUCCUUUUGUACUAAUUUCGUAAAUACACAAUCGGGAUUUAACGCGAUGUAAAAAUUUUUACAAGUAAAUAGUACCUACAUACCUGUUUCUUUAUUGCCGACGUUUCGACGUAGAUUGCACCACGUCGUAGUCACGCCUGUAAAAGCUUUUACAUCGCCUUGAGUCUCAAUUGUGUAUUAUUUACUGUAGUUAUCAUUUUUUUAAAUAAAUAUUUACUGUGAUUAUAUUUUUUUACUCAGUGCAAUAAAGUGUAAAAUAAAUAAAUAUAUUGCUGACUAAUUUAAAAUUUGGUAAAACAAAAAAAUGUUUAUUAAUUUUUACCAAAAUCAAUCAAUCUUUCCUCCUUAUACACAGUAUUAAUGUACAUCUAUACACAAUCUAAACUUUUGGAGACCACGCGGCGGAGGACUUUGUUUUGAAUAUGUAGUGAUAAAUAAAUGUUGGUGGAUUUAUAACCACUUUUAUUGAACCUAGUAUGAUCUUAAGCACUAAAAAAAAAUGCAUUAGAAAAGCCGAUAUACUGUAAUUGUAUGUAUCCAUCUAAAAACUUUUUAUUCAAAUGUUAAUGUGAAUACCCAUCCUUAACUCUGCGAAAUAAGGCACACAUUUUGUAUGUAUUUUGUUUAUAAUGCUUAAAUUGCACUAAUAUGUUUUCAUAAAAGAAAUUUUCGCGGAUUGUUAAAAUAUUUACCUCCCAUCAUUUUCCAUUGGUAUCUUCUAGUUUGUUACUAAUUAUCUAUAAUAGAAGUGUCUUUAGAUUCUGUAUAAGAUUUUUUAAACGACUAAACACAAUCUGUGAUUAUCAAGAAAUAGUUUCAUUUGCUCUAUUUAGAGUAUAGUAUAUAUGUAUUAUUUUACUUGUGAAAUAUUGUCAUUGAUUUUUAAUAAUUUCUCUGUUUGAUGGAUAUUACUUAAAAAUACUGUUGCCUUUAGAAUAAUGUUAAAAAAUCAUAAUUGCUGUUUGGUACUUAGUUUUAAUGUACAAAAGAAGAAAUUGAUGUAUUAAAAUACAAUAAAUUG